UAGUCUUUAUAAAUAAAUAUUUAAAGUGAAUUAAAAAGUGUCAAAAAUGCAAUUGGAAUGUAUAGUCAUUGUGUCAUUGCUACAAUUAUUGUUUAUGAGUAGAGUUAUGUCUAUGGAUGCUAUAGCCAAAGAUCUUUUAACGCCAAUGACUGAGUUUGGAGAGGCGUGUGGAUAUAUGAGUUGUCCUCGACUAAACGAAGGUGCUUUGAAUGUGCACAUAGUACCUGCGACGCACGGAGAGUUGGGGUACACGAGGACGUUUUACCAACAUUAUACAGGAUAUGACGAUUUCUACGACCACAGCAAAGUUAAUAUGAAGAAUAUAUUGGAUGCUGUCAUAACUGCACUUUGGACUCAUGAUAAUAGAAAAUUCACUCUCUCAGACCUUCCGUAUUUAUUUCAUUGGUGGAAGAAUAGGGAUGGAACAGUUCGCCGCAUGGUAUACCAGCUACUCCGACAAGGGAGGCUGUUCAUAGCCGGCGGUGGGUGGAGCAUGAGCGACGAGGCCACCACUAGCUACCACGCUAUUAUAGACCACUUCACUUAUAGUUUGAGGAAGCUCAACGCAACCUUCCUCUCCUGCUCGCGGCCUCUCGUCACUUGGCAGGCGGAUGUGUACGGGCACUCUCGAGAAUUCGCCUCUCUCAUGGCGCAGAUGGGGUUUGAUGGACACUUCAUCAAUCCCAUCAGCUAUGAAGAUGAACUGGUUCGGAUGAAGACCAAGACUCUUGAGUUUGUCUGGCGAGGGAGUGAUGAUUUGGGAGCGGAUUCCGAUAUAUACACGCACAAGUUGUUCGAUGGCUACUGGACUCCGCCAGGGUUCUGCUUCGGAGGGUUCUGCAACGAUCCCCUCAUCAUCACGUCUGAUAGUACCUUCAAUAAUGUGGAGGAGAGGAUAAACCUGUUCAUCAAGCACAUGAACCAGCGCCAGGCCCCGUACUACACGACUCGCAACGUGAUGGUGAUCAUGGGACAACGGCUCGGCUACCACGACGCGCCUGUCUGGUUCGCUAACGUCGACAAACUUAUAUCUCUUGUCAACGCGAAGCAAACUGCGAUCAAAAACCGUGUGUUUCUCUUCUAUUCGACGCCGGCGUGUUAUUUGAAAGCAGUGCAGGAGGCCGCGCCAAAACUAUCAACGAAACAAGACGAUUUCCUUCCCUACACUUAUGAUAAGGACACCCACACAUCUGGGAUGUUCACAUCACGACCUGUCAUCAAAUACCUGGCUAGAGAGAUACAUCAUUUUCUACAGAUGGCAAAACAACUGCAAAUAUUUGCAAAACUGGGAAAUAAUGACAGGAGGUUUGAAGAUAUCAUGUGGAUCGCAGGAGUGAUGCAAGACCAUACGAUAAUAACUGGAGCUAUGCGGCCUUACGUGAGCGACUACUACGCGCGGAAGGUGUAUCUCGCGAAGGAGCUGUGUAUACAAAUGUAUAGACCGGCUUUCAAUAUACUUCGCAAGUCACCAAAGUCCAUGCAGUACUACGCUUGCCAGUUUAAUAUCUCGUCGUGUUGGACAAUGUCCGAGGAUAGAUUCUUUAUUGUGAUAUAUAACCCAUUAGCCUGGCCUGUGACUAGACCUAUACGGUUACCAGUCGCUAGAGGAGUAUACCAUGUUUAUGACCCCAAAGGUGCUAAACAAAACCACUCUAUAAUCACCAUCCAUGAUCUGAUAGCAUCCCUCCCAGACCGAGGCGAAAUAUUAACUGAAGAUGAGCUAGUAUUCAUCGCUGAGAAAAUCCCACCGAUGGGCUUCCGAUCCUACUACAUCCAACAACUACACGCCAGAACUAGGCAAAAACGAUCCAUCAUCAAAAAACUAAAUAAAAAUAAAAAGAAGAAAUAUUUGACAAGACAAACGAAUAAUCUGAAAAUAGAUGAUAAAUCUCUUCUAGAUGAUAUUCAAGAUUAUGAGGAUUUCGAAGAGAAUACAGAAAGGCCAAGAAUACAGUUUGGGAAUAUAUCUUUGUCAAACGAAACUGACUUUUAUCCCGAUUAUGUUGUGACUCCACCGACCAGAAUUAAUAGGACUACUACUGAGGUCCCACCAUCUCGAACGACAUCUAAUCCCACAACCACCACAACAAUUUCAUCAUCAUCAUCAACAACAACAGCUUCAUCAUCACCACCAACAUCAUCUCUGCCGCUUUACCCAGAGUAUGAGUAUGUGGAGGUUACAGACAAACCCGAGGCAACAACGGAAUAUAUUGACUAUGAUAAAUAUUAUAGAAGAAUGGAACAGGCUGGGUAUCACAGUUUUGAAACUACUCGCAAUUAUAUUAAUAAUGAGUACAUCUUAAUAACUUUCGAUAACAAAUAUCGUCUGACAGAAAUACAGCUUUUGAACGGAGUCAACAUAAGUUUUCAUAUCGAAAUGUGUUACUAUAUUUCUGACGACCCGGUUAAACUUGGCUUGGAUAAGAAGAAGCCAGGGGCCUAUGUCUUCAGGCCCAUGGAUCCUCAACCAAUUCUGAUUUCUGACUAUUUUGAGGCGAAAGCCUUAAAGACGGAUAUUGUUCAGGAGUUGCAUUUGAAGUUUUCCACUUAUGCGGGGGUGGCGUUGAGAUUGUAUACUGGUUUACCAACCAUUGAAGUGGAUUGGAUUGUAGGCCCUAUUCCUAUGGAUGAUGGUUACGGGAAAGAUGUGUUCAUAAGAUACGCUAGUAACAUAGUCAAUAAGGGCGCGUUUUACACUGACAGUAAUGGACGACAGACUAUUAAAAGAAUGCGCGAUAUGAGAGCGACGUAUAAGCAGACCAAUGUUGACAAUAUACCUGGAAACUUCUACCCAGUCACAUCAAAAAUCUACAUCGAAGACUUGGAGCGAAAUGUCCGAAUGUCCGUAUUCACGGACAGAGCACAAGGCGGGACCUCUUUGAUAGAUGGGAACAUUGAUCUGAUGCUGCAUCGACGCAUAUUCACCGACGACAGUGGAAUCCAAACGUUUCUAAACGAAACUGAAUUCGGAAGAGGGCUAAUAGUAACUGGGAAACACUAUCUCUACCUCUCAAAGGCUGACCAUCGCGCGAAUAAAGUCUUCGAAAAGAAAUUUGCUAAGGAAUUGGAACUACAUCCUAAAGUAUUUUCCUCAAUUCAUCCGUCCUACGUAAAUAUUAGCUACGAUCUUUGGAAUGCGAACAAAAAUGAGUAUUCUGCCCUCAGAAUGAAAGUCCCUAUCGGCGUACACAUUUUGACAAUAGAAAAACUAGGUGAUAAACUACUUUUGAGACUAGAAAACUAUUUAGAAAAAGCAGAUGUAGUCAGAAACGGAGUAAAAGUCGUCUUCAUCAAAGAGUUGUUCAUGGAUUUUGUUAUUGUUGAUGUUAAAGAAACUACUCUUGCUGGUAAUAUUUAUUUGGAAGAUUAUACUCCGAUGCAGUGGCAGAAAGAUAGAUUUGUUAAGAAUUUUAAUGAGUUUUAUGGUAAUUCAAGUGGUCCAGAGUUUACGAACCCUGAUAGUGAAUUUAUAAGGUCGUUUGAGAGAGUUAACCUUGACACUGGUAUAGAGUUGCAACCGCAACAGAUCAGAACCUUUGUGGUUACUUACGUGCUUGUUUAAAUAAUAAAUUACUUAUUAAGCUGAAUGAUUUGUUUCAUUUCAUUUGACGUCACUUCGAAGUGUGUUCAAAAAAGCCUCGCCCUUGGGUACCGUCCUCCGAUUGGGUAAAUUACCACCUUUUCUUAGACAUCCAGCCCAAAAAC